AUGGAGCUCGAUGGAGACUUUCCACUUAUAUGGUCCCGACCCACCACUACACUCCUCCGUCAACGCCGCCGACAACCACCCUCUCCUCCUAUCAUCAACCCCGUUAUUCUCAUUCUACUCCUACCCAUACUUGCUUUCCUGAUCUUGUUCUUUUUAGUUCUCCCUUUCCUUACACAUGCUACUCAAAUUCUUCGACCUAAUUCUGUGAGAAGGGGCUGGGAUUCCUUUCAUAUCUUGCUUGUAGUGUUUGCUAUUCUUUGUGGCAUUUUUGCGCGCAAGAAUGAUGACACAUCACCUGUUGAAAGAAGAAAUAGAAAUGUUUCAAAAAGUGAUUCUUCUAAUUUCAAUGAUGGAUCAGCUGAUGAUACGCGGCAGCCUGUAUCUAAUGAUAGAUGGUUUGAGCCUACCGAUGACAAAGCAUAUAAUUUUGCUGUAUCUGAAACUGGUCUAAACCAUCUGAGAAGAAGCAGCAGCUCCUAUCCUGAUCUGAGACAAGUGAAGCAGUGGGAAACCAGUGAGAAUCAGUCUCGGUUUUUUGAUGAUUUUGGUGUCAAUUUGUACCGUUCGGAUAGUCACCGUCAAUGGCAGAGCGAGAAGCAGAGGGAAGAACCUGAUGUUAAGGUGAUUCCGGAGGAUACAUUUGAAAAUAGUUUUUCUCCACCUGAACCUCCAUCACUGGAAAAGCCUCGGAUUACCUCAUCGGAGCCACGUCAGGUGAAUUUGAAACAGAGAACAUCCUUUCACAGUGUUCCGUGUAAAGACAAGGCUGAAAGAGAGUUAUCCUUGAAAAUAGAAUGA